CUCACAAUGAUCAUCAACCUUCUACAACCUGGAGAAUAACUUCUACACAACAUAAAGAUCUACAGAGGAUUCUAAUUACAAACCAUGGAUCCCUGCGACUGUGCCAAGAGUGGAACCUGCAGCUGUGGUGCAUCCUGCAAAUGCACAAACUGCAAGUGCACAACCUGCAAGAAAAGCUGCUGCUCCUGCUGUCCAUCUGGCUGCAGCAAGUGUGCCUCUGGAUGUGUAUGCAAAGGUGAUGCCUGUGGUUCUGGCUGCUGUCAGUGAGGAAUCAACAAUGUUGCAACCCUUGUCUCAUGUCGGCGCUAAUAAACCUUUAUUAUGUCUACUUUUUGGGGUUUCUUUUCCCCUACCAUUUUUAAUGAAUGGAUUAGGCUUUCCAUAUCUUGUAAUCUUAAGUGUUUUGGGAAGAUUUGUCUUGACUUAAAGGUUUUUAAUUUGACUGUGUCAUGAGCAUGGUGUGUAUUACAAUUAUUCACAUUUCCGCUUUGGGUAUUUUCUCUAAAAUAAUGGCUUUUGCCUGGCUGCUUGUAUUGCAAAUCUGGAUUGCUUGAUGAACGUAAAGGGAAGACCAACUUCAUCUGGUCAUUACUAUCAAUGUUAAAUUGCUUUUGUUUAAAGAGUGGGUGGGGGAUAAUGGGGUUUAAUGUACAAUCAUUCAACUUGUAACCAAUACACUGAAAUUGUAUUAUUAUUAAUGGACAUUUUGUAUUCAUGAAAACUAUGUUUUGAUGUUGGUCAAAACUUUAAUAAAAUUUGUAAACAA